CCCUGUUUCUUUAAGCCUCUCCCCCUUACUAGUCAGUGCAAGGGAUUUCUCCGCCGGGAUCCGCUGAUUUCCUGUUCUAUAGGAGUGACCCAGGGAUCGGGGCAUGGAGGGCUGCUGGGGUGACCAUGUACAGUAGCAGAGCCGUCACCCCCCGCUACACGCAGUGACAGGAUCAGCACGUUGGGGGUUGUUGUUUUGGUGGUCGCCGCUCUGUUGAUUUGUGUGAAGCUCACCGCCUGGUACCAUCAUUGACAAGAAGGUGAACAUGACAGAAGAGAGCUCGGAGGUCCCCAAAGAGCUGCUGGAAAGCAUAAGGGAUGUUAUCGGAAGAAAAAUUAAGAUUGCUGUGCGGAAGAAGGUGAAACUAGAAGUCAAAGGAGACAAAUUUGAAAACAAAGUGCUGGUCCUGGCAUCAUGUCGCGCCUUUAUAUUGACAGCUCGAGUCCCAUGCAAGCUGGAAUUAACCUUCAGCUAUUUAGAAAUACAAGGCAUGAUCUGCAACAAACCGGGUUAUUUGGCAGUUGAAACGGAAAAGUACAACGUAGCCAUGAAAAUGGCUUCUUCAGAAGAUGUGAACGAGGUGAUGGCACAUAUUGGCACAUGUCUUCGAAAGAUAUUCCCAGGAUUGUCACCUGUAAAAAUUAUGAAAAAAGUUACCAUGGAGCCUCCAGACAGACUGGCAAAUCUGCAAGCUCUGUGGGAUAGCCAGACAGUGACAGAAGUCGGCCCAUGUGGUGGUUUUUCGCAAAUGUAUGCUUGUGUCUGUGAUUGGCUCGGGAUGCCCUAUAGAGAAGAAGUACAGUGGGAUGUUGAUACUAUAUACUUAACACAAGAUACAAGGGAACUGAACCUGCAGGACUUUAGUCAUCUAGACCACAGAGAUUUGAUACCUAUUGUGGCAGCUUUAGAGUACAAUCAAUGGUUUACAAAACUGUCAUCGAAGGAUCUGAAAGUGUCUAAUGAUGUUUGUGAUCAGAUUCUGCGUGUGGUGAGCAGGUCUAGUCGAUUGGAAGAGCUGGUUUUAGAAAAUGCUGGACUCCGAAUAGAUUUUGCACAGAAGUUGUCCAUUGCACUUGCAAACAAUCCAAACUCAGGACUUCAUACUAUUAACCUUGCAAGCAACCCUCUAGAGGAUAGAGGUGUAUCUUUUUUAAGCAUACAUUUUGCCAAACUCCCCAAGGGCCUGAUGCACUUAAAUUUAUCAAAAACCUCAUUAUCGGCCAAAGGAGUAAAUAACCUAUCCCAGUCACUAAGUGCAAACCUGCUGAUUUCCAGCACCCUUACCCACCUUGACCUCUCAGGGAAUAUACUCCGUGGUGAUGACCUUCCAUCUUUGUACAAUUUUUUGGCGCAGCCGAAUGCUAUCGAGUUCUUGGAUUUAUCGAACACUGAGUGUUCUGUUGACACGGUAUGUAGCGCACUCCUUCGUGGUGGCUUGCAGCACCUUGCUACGCUUAAUCUGUCUCGGACCAUCUUUUCCCACAGGAAAGGGAAAGAAACACACCCAUCUUUUAAACAGUUCUUCAGCAGUUCUCUUGCUUUAUCACGCAUCAGUCUUUCUGGGACCAGGCUUUCAUCUGAGCCUCUGAAAGCUCUACUGCUUGGCUUGGCAUGUAACCCUAACCUAAAGGACGUGUCUCUAGAUCUCAGCAAUUGUGAGCUUGGUCACUGUCUAAGAUCAGGAGGAGCUCAAGUACUAGAAGGCUGCAUAGCAGAGAUUCACAACAUCACCAGCUUGGAUAUCUCUGAUAAUGGUUUGGAGUCUGACCUUUCAACUUUAGUAGUGUGGCUCAGUAAAAACAGAUCAAUAAGACACCUGGCGCUAGGGAAAAACUUUAACAACAUGAAGUCCAAAAAUCUAACCCCUGUCCUGGAUAACUUGGUGCAUAUGAUACAAGAUGAAGAAUCGCCCUUACAGUCAUUGUCUCUGGCAGACUCUAAGCUAAAGACAGAUGUGACAAUCAUUAUAAAUGCUCUUGGUAGUAACACAUCACUGACCAAAGUAGAUAUCAGUGGGAAUAGCAUGGGAGAUAUGGGAGCUAAGAUGCUGGCUAAAGCUUUGCAGAUCAACACCAAGCUCAGGACUGUGAUAUUGGACAAGAACAACAUAACAGCACAAGGAUUCCAGGACAUUGCAGUAGCUUUAGAGAAGAACUACACCCUCCGGUUUAUGCCUAUACCUAUGAAUGAUGCUUCCCAAGCACUGAAGACCAACCCAGAGAAAACAGAAGAAGCUUUACAAAAGAUUGAAAACAAUUUGCUGAGGAACCAUGAGACAAGGAAGUAUCUUCAGGAACAAGCCUAUAGAUUGCAGCAGAGUAUUGUAACCAGCACAACACAGCAGAUGAUUGACAGAAUUUGUGUCAAAGUCCAAGACCAUCUAAACUCCUUGCGAAACUGUGGAGUUGAUUUUGUCUUAGAAGAUGUCAAGUCUGCUGAGAGACUAAUGCGUGAUGCAAAGAAUUCAAAAACACUUUUGCCAAAUUUAUAUCAUCUUGGAGGUGCAGCAUGGGCUGGAGACAACAAUUUACCAACCCCAAUUCAAGAGACCUUAGAAUCAAUGGCAGGAGAAGUGACAAGAGUUGUGGAUGAGCAGCUGAAGCUUCUUCUGGAGUCUAUGGUUGAUGCAGCAGAGAAUCUCUGUCCAAAUGUGAUGAAGAAAGCGAACAUUCGUGAGGAUCUUAUUCAUGCCAGCACUGAGAAGAUCUCCAUUCCUCGAAACUUUGUAAAGAAUGUUAUGCUUGAGCAAUCUGGAAUAGAUAUUCUGAACAAAAUAAGUGAAGUUAAACUUACCGUAGCAUCCUUCCUAUCUGACCGAAUAGUUGAUGAAAUUUUAGAUGCUCUUUCUAGCAGCCAUCACAAACUGGCGGAUCAUCUCACUAAGCGAGGAAAGCCUCUACCACAUCAAGAGUCUCUUGAGAUUGAGACUGUAGAGGAGAGACCCACAAAGCGUUCCACCAUUACCAUUGAAGAUCUCACCGAGAUGGAGCGCCUGGAGGAUUUAGACACUUGCAUGACUCUCUGCUGUAGAAGUAUGACUCCCAAGUCCAAGCGAAAGAGUAUACACAGCAGAAUGCUGCGUCCUGUGUCUAGAGCUUUUGAAAUGGAGUUUGAUCUAGACAGAGCACUUGAGGAUGUCCCAAUACAUAUUGAGGACCCUCCAUACCCCUCUGCGAAACACGAGAAGAGAUCUUCCAGUGUCAUUGCAGAACUGCCAUCAGAAGAAGCAAAAAAACUUGAACACUUUACUAAAUUACGACCAAAAAGGAUGAAGAAGCAGCAACCCAGCAAAUCUACUCAACCUGGAGGCGAAGUACCUGCAGAUGGAGAACAUAAUGGGCUGAUGCUUAGAGUAGAUGAAGGUGUGGAUGAAUUUUUCACAAAGAAAGUGACACGACUGGAAACUAAGAAACACUCUUUCAAAGGUUUAGAAGAAAGCAGUGAAGGUGAUGAUAAGAAGAGGAGGGAAUCCAGGAAGAGCGGCUUUCUCAAUUUAAUUAAAUCUAGGUCCAAGUCUGAGCGUCCACAAACUGUCAUCGUGUCCGAAGAGCCUCUGUCUCCUAGACUCUCUAUGAAAAGUCCUGCUCCUGACAGCAGCAAAAAGGAUAAAGUAACUGACACCAAUGGAGCAGUGAGUUCAAGUGCAAGUGCUGCAAGUAGUGGGCCCAGCAGCAGUACAGAGAGGUCAGAGGAGCUAAAAACUCCAGAUUCUAUAGAGGAAAUUCUACAAAUCGAUGAUCCCGCUAAACCUGAGCGGACUGAUAGCAAAAGCAGUCCACAAAGUGGAAGGAGAUAUGGUGUGCAAGUGAUGGGGAGCGGGUUGCUAGCAGAGAUGAAGGCCAAGCAGGAAAAAAGAGCUGCACACAAGAAGCUUGGCAGUGAUACCAGCAAAAACACUGUAGAUGUAGAAAAAGCAGAAGGAAGUGGAACAGGAGGCAAAUUCCCUAUGACAAGAGGCGAUUCUACCAAUUCAUCUCCAGAAAAAAGUGCCAAAAGUGAAGUCAAACCAGAGGCCAGCGUACGAUCGAAGAGUUCCUCUAGUACACCGACUAGUCCAAAGCCACCUCUUCAGUCAUCCAAGCCUUCUCUGACAGUGCGUCCGACUGUGCCUCAGAAGCCCAGAAGCAGUUCCCGCACUGAAGACAUCCCUGAUUCUCCAUCUGGGCCAUGUUCCCCCAAAACUACGGUUCUGCCUUCAGCAUUGAAGAGAGUCCCGUCUGAAAAGGAUCGAGAUGGCCAGAGCAGCCCACAGCCAUCAACUCGGCCUGUUACAGAGGAAGCACGGCCAGUGACUCCAUCUGACUUAUCACCAAAAAGAAAUCAUGGCCAGAUUGUCGCUGAAGGGCAGGAGCGAAAAUCAAGGUCGUCUAGCAAAGACUCUCACCAGCAAAGCAAGUCCAGUGACUCUGGGGAGGAGGUUGAAAAGGAGUUUGUUUUUAUUUGAACAUCUGUCUGCAACACUGCCAUUCAGCCCUCCUGAUAUUUUUACUCUUUGUUUCAAUGUUGAUUUACUAUCAUUUGAUUUAUGCACCUUGUUUGUAUGUCCUGGAAUUUCAAGUGUAGCUGUUGUAGGUUCCCCACACUCCAAAGAGCAGUGGUACACAACUUCGAUGUGCUUAUUUACUAAGGUAGUGCAGAGAAUAAUCACAGCUC